AUGACAUCUUUAGACGAAGAUCUUCCUGCAGAUGUGCCCAUGGACGAACUAUCUGAGGCCGAGUCUGUCGACGAGGACUCUGUUCCUCGUCAAAAGAUUGAAAUUGACAACAAAAUCGCUUUGGAGCGUAUCAGGGACACUAUCAAACUCGACCCAUCAUUGCCCUGGACAGAGACGCUGUCUGUAACAUAUCCCGCGGUCAUCGAGGUCGAUGUAGAUGAUGACCUCAAUCGAGAACUUGCUUUUUAUAAGCAGGCUCUUGAUGGUGCAAAGAAGGCGAUGUCACUUGCUGAGAAGCAUAGGUUGCCUUUUACUCGCCCGGCAGAUUACUUUGCAGAGAUGGUCAAAUCGGACGCACAUAUGGAACGAAUCCGCCAACGACUCUUGGAUGAGAGCGCCACAAUAAAAAGAAGUGAGGAGAAGAGAAAGGAAAGGGAGGGCAAGAAGUUCGGAAAGCAAGUGCAAAUGGAGAAGUUGCAGGAGAGAGAAAGAGGGAAGAAGGAGAUGGAGGAAAGACUCAAGGGUCUCAAACGGAAGCGUAAGGGCGGAUUAGACAACCCGGAAGAAACCGACGGAUUCGAUGUCGCAGUAGAAGAAGCGAUUUCUGAUCGUCCUUCGAAGAGGCCCAAGGGUACAGGCUCCGAGGGCAAGAAGCUGCCUCGUCAAGCCCGAGACCAAAAAUUUGGCUUUGGUGGACCCCGCAGACACUCCAAACAAAAUACAAAAGCUUCGACGGACGAGUUCGAUGCUCCCCGCGGUGGGAGUGGGAAAGGUGGGCGCGCUUCGAAAGGCGGAGUGAAGCGACUAGGAAAAAGCAGAAGGAUGUCUGCGCGCGGCCGCUCAUAA